AUGUCUGCGCCGCCCGACCCACUGCCGCAGGCAGUGGUCGUGAAUAAUGAGAAGCUUCAGGCCGCCAACAGCGAGAGUUCAAGAUCGGCGUCGGCGGACGAAGCCAAAGGACCCGACGUGACGUUACAACCGCCGAAACAAAAGAAGAAAUGGAGUCAGAGUAUCAACCCGUUGCGUUGGCAAACACCACCGCCCGUGCCGGAAGAGCGUACGCCUUCACGCGAGUAUGGGGCGUCAUUCUUAAGCAAGGUGACAUUUCAAUGGAUGUCCCCCUUGAUGAGGGUUGGAUAUCUGCGACCGCUUGAUCUGCAGGAUAUCUGGACAGUCAAUCCUGAUCGAGCCGUCGAUGUAUUAUCAGAUCGCUUGGACGCCGCCUUAGAAGCCCGCAUCGCGCAGGGUACCAAGCGCUCGCUCGUGUGGGCGCUGUAUGAUACAUUUCGCUUCGAGUUUAUUCUCGGUGCCGUGUGCCAGAUCUUCAGUUCUCUCCUUUUGGUCUUUGCGCCAUACUUGACCCGAUACCUGAUCGCCUAUGCAACAGAAGCCUACGUGGCUCAACACGCAGGGCGCCCAGAACCCGCCAUCGGACGCGGAAUGGGAUUUGUGGUUGGAAUCACUUUGAUGCAGGCAACGCAAAGUCUCUGCACGAACCAGUUUCUUUACAGAGGCCAGACGGUCGGUGGUCAAAUCCGCGCCGUACUCAUCUCGCAGAUCUUCAACAAGGCGAUGAAGCUGUCGGGUCGCGCAAAGGCGGGUGGACAGGCGACCGAUGCAGAGUUGAAGGCUCUGGAGGCUACCAAGGAGUCUCUGAUCAAACAGGAUGACAAGGCAAACAAGCCAGACUCCAAGCCAACGGCAGCAGGUGUUGCCGGCGUUGCUGGUGAUGGUCGCGGAUGGAACAAUGGCCGUAUCGUUGCGCUGAUGAGUAUUGAUGUCGAUCGUAUCAACCUGGCCAUGGGGAUGUUCCAUUUGGUCUGGGCCGCACCGGUCAUGCUCAUUGUGACUUUGGUGCUGUUGCUGGUCAAUCUCGGGUACAGCUGUCUUUCCGGAUAUGCGCUCCUGGUCUUUGGUAUGCCAUUCUUGACCUACGCCGUGCGGUUCCUGAUCAAGAGACGCCGCAACAUCAACAAGAUCACCGAUCAACGUGUCUCUCUCACCCAGGAGAUCUUGCAAGCCGUGCGAUUCGUCAAGUUCUUCGGCUGGGAGAGCAGCUUCCUCGGCCGGUUGAAGGAGAUUCGAAGACGGGAAAUCCGAUCCAUUCAGACGCUUCUCGCAGUGCGAAACGCGAUUCUCAGUGUAUCCAUGUCGAUUCCGAUCUUUGCCUCAAUGCUUGCUUUUAUCACCUAUGCGUUGACCAAUCAUGAUCUCGAUCCUGCUCGAGUUUUCUCCUCGCUCGCUUUGUUCAAUUCACUACGGCUACCUCUGAACAUGAUGCCUCUUGUGCUCGGCCAGGUCACGGACGCAUGGACUGCUCUGAACCGAAUCCAGGAGUUCCUGAUGGCCGAGGAACAGAGGGAGGAUAUCGAGAAAGACACAACAAUGUCGAAUGCGAUUGAAAUUGAAAAUGCCUCGUUUACUUGGGAGCGUCUGCCGACCGAUGAGAAAGAAGAUCAAGCGCCCAAGAAGAAAGAGGCCAAGAAGGCAGAGGCCAAGGAUUUGCCCUCUCGGGGUGAGAAACAAGGCGUCGACGAACCUCCUUUGGAGCCAUUCAAACUCAAGAAUAUCAAUCUGGAAGUUGGCCGCAAUGAGCUGCUGGCAGUCAUUGGUACCGUCGGCUGUGGAAAGAGCUCUCUCCUGUCUGCUUUGGCUGGCGAUAUGCGUGUGACGGACGGCAAAGUUCGAAUGAGUACCACGCGAUCCUUCUGCCCGCAAUACGCCUGGAUCCAAAAUGCUACGGUGCGAAACAACAUUCUUUUUGGCAAAGAGUACGACGAAUCGUGGUAUGAGCAAGUCAUCGAUGCAUGUGCUCUCGCCACAGACUUGGAAAUUCUCCCAAAUGGCGACUCGACAGAAAUCGGCGAGCGUGGUAUCACCGUGUCUGGAGGCCAGAAACAACGUCUGAACAUUGCUCGUGCCAUCUACUUCAAUGCAGAGCUGGUGCUCAUGGAUGAUCCUCUCUCUGCCGUAGACGCUCACGUUGGGCGUCACAUCAUGGACAAGGCUAUCUGUGGUCUUCUCAAGGACCGAUGCAGAAUCCUGGCGACUCACCAGCUUCACGUGCUCAAUCGCUGCGACAGGAUCGUGGUGAUGGAUGAAGGACAGAUUCACGCCGUGGACACCUUUGACAAUCUAAUGCGUGACAACGAACUUUUCCAGAGACUCAUGUCGACCUCCAAACAAGACGACACAAAGGAAGAGAAGGAUGAGGCGGAAGUCGCCCAGGAAGCUAUCGACGAGCCAGAGGAGAAGGCCGCGCCUCGAAAGACAUCCCCUGCCAGGCCAGCUGCCGCCGCCUUGAUGCAGCAAGAAGAACGAGCCACCGCUUCGGUGGGAUGGGGCGUGUGGAAGGCCUAUAUCCGUGCUUCAGGCAGCUACUUGAAUGCCGUCGCAGUGAUCAUCCUUCUCUGCCUCUCCAAUGUCGCCAAUAUCUGGACCAGCCUGUGGUUGUCCUAUUGGACUUCGAACAAGUACCCGAACUUGUCGAUGGGCCAAUAUAUUGGUGUUUAUGCUGGACUUGGUGCGGUCGGUGUCCUGCUCAUGUUUAUGUUUUCCACUUACAUGACAACGUGCGGAACCAACGCGAGUCGCACGAUGCUUCACCGCGCCAUGACACGUGUGCUCCGAGCUCCCAUGUCGUUCUUCGAUACAACGCCCCUCGGCCGGAUUACCAACCGCUUCUCCAAAGAUAUUCAGGUGAUGGACAAUGAGCUCUCGGAUGUGAUGCGCAUUUACGCGUUGACUAUGACCAUGAUUAUCUCGGUCAUGGUUUUGAUCAUUGUGUUUUUCUACUACGUGAGUGACAACCCUCUUCAUGUUGAAAGCUUUCUCUCGAAUACGCUACUGACCUUGAUGCACUUCUUUCCGCUACAGUUUGUGAUCGCACUCGCUCCGCUAUUUGUUCUUUUCCUCCUUGCGUCCAACUACUAUCGCGCCUCUGCGCGGGAGAUGAAGCGUCAUGAAUCCGUUCUCCGAUCGCAUGUGUACGCCAAGUUUGGCGAGGCAAUCAGUGGCGUUGCUUGCAUCCGAGCGUAUGGCGUGGAGAAUCAAUUCCGGCGAAGCAUCCGCAACUCCAUCGAUGUCAUGAACGGCGCGUAUUUCCUUACCUUUUCUAAUCAGCGAUGGCUCAGUAUUCGCCUUGAUGCCGUGAGUACUGCUCUAGUCUUUGUCACUGGCGUUUUGGUCGUCACGUCGCGAUUCAACGUGUCCCCCAGUAUCUCGGGGCUGGUCCUGUCAUACAUCCUGUCGAUCGCCCAGAUGCUUCAAUUUACUGUUCGGCAACUCGCCGAGGUAGAGAACAACAUGAACGCCACUGAGCGUGUCCAUUACUACGGAACGGAAUUGGAAGAAGAAGCACCUCUGCAUCGCGUCGAGGUAGCCGCCAGCUGGCCCGAAAAGGGCCACAUCGUGUUCGAUGACGCGCAGAUGCGGUAUCGCGAUGGCCUUCCCCUGGUCCUCAAGGGUCUAAGCAUGGACGUCCGGGGCGGCGAGCGCAUCGGUAUCGUUGGACGAACCGGUGCGGGUAAAUCCAGUAUCAUGUCUGCCUUGUUCCGUCUCACGGAGCUCUCGGGAGGGUCGAUCCACAUUGAUGGGGUUGACAUCUCGACCGUCGGCCUGCACGAUCUUCGCUCGCGACUGGCCAUUAUCCCCCAAGACCCUGCACUUUUCAAAGGCACCAUCCGCUCCAAUCUCGAUCCUUUCAACGAGCACACCGAUCUGGAGUUGUGGUCUGCCCUGCGCAAGGCCUAUCUCAUUGGUGAUGAGACCAUCGGGCCGGAUUCCGAGACCUCUGAAAGCACAUUGGGCUCUGCAGGCUCCACUCCGGUCAUUGGCAGCGACUCGAAAGCGCGACCGGCGAGGGGUCUCAAUCUGGAAUCUGCCGUUGAUGAGGAGGGACUGAACUUCUCCCUGGGCCAGCGGCAACUGAUGGCGCUUGCGCGUGCGCUGGUUCGCGAUGCGCGAAUUAUCGUCUGUGACGAGGCGACCUCGUCCGUCGACUUUGAGACCGAUCAAAAGAUUCAGUAUACCAUGGCGCAGGGCUUCGAGGGCAAGACCCUGUUGUGUAUUGCGCAUCGUCUGCGAACUAUCAUCCACUACGACCGGAUCUGCGUCAUGGACCAGGGUCGCAUUGCAGAGAUGGAUACCCCAUUGGCGCUCUGGGACCGACCGGAUGGGAUUUUCCGGGCCAUGUGUGAGCGGAGUGGUAUUUCUCGGGAGGAUAUACUGUCCUCGUGA